ACGUACGGCAUUGUAUUUGCUUAAAGAAAAACAGGCUACUCCUUGAGGUUAAUUUUGUGAGGUCGAUAGCAAAAUGCAAGCAAUAAAGGAUAAGUUACACGAGAUGGGGGAGAUGCACAAGGCCAAGGCUGAGGCAAAGGCUGAGGCAAAGGCCGAGGAAAAGGCCGAAAAAGAUUUAGCCAAAGCCAGGAUGGACAUUGCUCACGAAGUUAGAAAGGCAAAAGAGGCAGAGGCAGAAAUGGACAUGCAUGUGGCGAAAGCCGGAAAUAUGGCGAAGAGGGAGGUAGAUAAGCAUGCUUCAGAGACUCAUAACCGGAAUGCUAACCACUCAUGACCACCAACCUUUCUAACGUAUUCUGAGCUGUGCCUGCAAACUCAGCUGCAGCCGACAGUCCCUCAAUAAAUCGGAUGUUAUGGAACUCUGUCUAUUAUAUUCAAUUUCCUGUCUCAAAACUUGACCAUUCUCCAGGUUCUUUGGUUUUGCAUGUCGUGCAUUUCCAUUUGCUUUCUCCUCUUGUGUUGCUACUUCAAUAGAAUUUGAGGAAGAAUUGAACAAGGCUUUUGCCACUCUGUAAUUCCAUUGAAUCUUGAAAAAGUUGGGUUGUAUUGAGAAAAUGUUUACAAAGAAGAUG